CUCGGGCGGAAGCCGCGGCUGGGGGCGGGCUCACACACCUGUACGGAGGGUGGUGGCCUACGAGGGUCAUUUCAAGCGCGGGAAAGGCCUUCCGGCUUCCAGCGUGUAAAUUUUCUGUUUACAGAGCUCGAAAGCACAGAAGCGGGUCCAACUUGCCCCAGCGUCUGACAGUGUUACGAGCUCCCCAUUGGAUCUGACCAGAUUAAAACUGCAAGAGAAUGGACAGUGAAGUACAGCGAGAUGGAAGGAUCUUGGAUUUGAUUGAUGAUGCCUGGCGAGAAGACAAGCUGCCUUACGAGGAUGUUGCCAUACCACUGAACGAGCUUCCUGAACCUGAACAGGACAAUGGUGGCACCACAGAAUCUGUGAAAGAACAAGAAAUGAAGUGGACAGACUUAGCCUUACAGUACCUCCAUGAGAAUGUUCCCCCCAUAGGGAACUGAUCACUGGCUCCUUUUCCAUUAAUGGAUUUGAGAAAAAAAAAAAAAAUAGAUGCAAAAUUAGUUUUCUGUCUCCUAAUUCAUAUCUUUUAGUGAUAGGUCAAAAAAUGCAUGCCCUGCUUAGUUUGUGGCAAAAGAGUACAGUGUGGAAAUCCUUAGAGAAUGAGAAACUGAUUGAUACUUCUUAGGAACACAGACUGUUUUGCCUUCUUCAUUUACUAGCUUGUAUUUGAACAUGAUUUGGGUAAAUAUUUGCCUUUAACUCUAGUUCUGCUAUCAGCAUUUAAGCAACCUGCUUAGUUGUAUCCUGUGACGCAGCUAAUUAAAGAUAGGAGAGGAAAAGGCAAAGAAGAGCUGAAUUAUAAGCGUUAUUGACUUCCCGUGUACUGGACUUGAGAAGUGGUCUAAGUGAAUGUGUGUGAGGCCUGUAGAUAUAAGGGAUCUUUAGGGAAGAUCUGACUGACUGCUAACAUUCCUAAGAUUCCCCAAAGUAUUUGCAUACAUUUACCCAUUAAAAGACUGUCUGACAGUUACCUCUGCUCUCCUUACAGUUUCCUUUGGUGCCUCUGGAAAAGAUCUUUAACUACUUGGAACACUAGUUUUAUCUAGUGACAGGAUACAAACCUUGCAGAUAUAACACACAGUGUGGACUCAGUAGUUACAUAUUUGUCUUAAGAAUUUGUAAUUUAAAAAACAUAUUCACAGACAUUUAUGGCCUGGAAUUGUUUGUCUGGGUUAAAUAAUGUCUUUCUUGUCCUCUACCCAGAUUGUAAACUCUGCAGAGGGAGUUCAUGCCUUUUAUUUCUGUAACAAUCAUUGAAAAAUGCAUUAAAAAUGAUCUGAUUUUUGGUUCUCAACCAGAAACGUAGUUGGAGCAACUCUUCAGUCAUCGAAAAAUAUGUAUGCUAAUCUCACUGCAUAUCAGCAUCCUGCCUAGAAGUCCCUCAUCCCAGCAUAAAGGGAGGCCAGUCUUAUGAUAAAUGAAGGAAAAGGCAGCCUAGUCCUAGAUCUGAAGCCAACACUGAGUCUUCUAGCUAUGGCAAAGACAGCCCUGCAUUGGGGCCACCUCCUUCAAGGGUAUGAGUAAGGACAGCAGUAGCCACCCUGAAGGACUGAAGAGUAGAGGUCCUCACUCCUUGAAGUCAUUCAUGAGUGUUCUAGUGCUUGUGAGUCCUUAAGAGACAGAAAGGACACCCCAGUGACCACAGAUUGUAAUUGCCACUGCAGUAUAUCACAGAACUGUAAAGGUUUAAUUUGCAGAGCUUUGCACUGGCUCAAGGAGGACAUGGUAGUGGCUA